CUCGAGGACGAGGAAAGGGUUACAGGCGGCACGCAAAGAUGUCGAAACGAUCUUCUCGCGGUGCUGACUCCGGGGAUAUUCCCCGGAAGAGGCUGAAAGUGGUUCAUGAGCCUCCAACCCACGAAGAGGUUCACACAAGCCGUCAAUUGACGCAGCUGCUCUCCUUCGAGAACGACUUGAAGAAAGCUAGACAUGGCCUGCAAUCCUUUAAGGUCGUCCUGGACAAGAUCGUGUACGAAGAUGGCGACCAUGAAGCCGAGCGCAAGCUGCUGUUCGACUAUCUAAACUCAACGAAACCCCGGGACUACGAGGAAGCGCCAAUCUUCCUCUCGGAGAUGAUGGAGACUUGGGUCUUUGCCGGGCAACACAACGAUGACAAUGUCAUGUCUGCGGUCCCAGCCAUCGUGGCCCUCCUCCUCAGGAUUCUUGGCCAGACCUUGGAGAUGGUCCCUUACGGCUUGGGGAUAUGUCGGACACUACUGCAGAAGCGCCAGCUGGAGCUGAUUGCUCGCAACCUGUCUGCCGAUAAGGGGAAGGAGUUUGUGAUAUCACCUAUGUUGCGGCUCUUGCGAGAAAUGAUCUGCUUCGACGGCGGCGCGGUUGCAAUGCCCAUCUUCCGCGCAAGGAGCUUCACCUUCAGGUCUUUGGGCAGAAACAUGAGCAUCAAGUAUCUCGGAAAGGGUCAGGAAGAGCGGAAACGGCCCUCUGGCCGAACCAAUGCGGUCAGGUUCUUCCUCAGCGCGCUCAAGUUUCUGAAUCAGGAGGCCAAACGGGAGUUGCUGUCGCAGAAGGACGUUACCUUCGCUCUCAUCAGGACGAUCAAGGACGACCCCCCUUACCUUGUCAUCGAUAUCCUCACUGCGUUGAAGGCGCAUGUCUUGCUCGAUACCAAGCUCCCACGCGAUGUCAAGGGCAGAGUGCUCAAUGCGAACACCUUGUCUCGAAUCGCUCCGCUUUACACCUACAAGCAAGAGGAUCCCGAAGCAGAGGGCCGAGAAACUGUGGCCGAGAUUGCUCAUGAUUUCCUCCAAUUCUCAUGCACCGUUCCAUCUGCUGGAAUCCUCCGACCGCAGUCAGGAUUCUACCCGGCAGGAACAGAGCAGGAAGCGGAGUCGCUCGUCGAGUCCCGUCGAGCGGAUGAUCUGGGCCUCGAAAAUAUCGUCUGGAUGGACCAGUUCAGGCAAGAGACUACGGUACGGAAUGUCGUCUUGUCUGAUUUCAUCCAGAACCUACGUCCAUGGUCGAACGUCAAACAAGCCGAGCUACUUAUCUCCAUCUUCACGGCUGCACCCGAGCUGGCUGCAGACUACUUCUUCAAGAAACAGGGGUUUACAUUCGAGCCCAAACUCUCGGCGACUUGGAUCGGUUAUGCGGCACUCCUUUUCGGCACCCUCACUAUCGAUAUCCCCAAAUACUUUGGCCACCCGGGUGGCUAUUCUCCCUUCCCGCCGCCCACCUCUGUCGUCAUGGACAACAUCAUGCCUCCGCCGUUGAACCCCAAGGCGCUCACCCGCUGCUUCUCGCAGAAGUCUAACCUAAUAUCCUUUUUUGCCACGCGGUUGUUGGUUGCUGCUGUGGAGAAGCUCGAUAGGGUCGUCAAGCUGUAUCGGGACCCCUGCCAUUCCAAUAAGGAACUAUGGGGCGAAGCGGCGCGAAGACUAGUCGACGAGUUUUGCCAGCGGAGUCUUAGCAUAAAGGACAUACUCGCCUCAUACCGAUCCAUCCCCGAAAGAGAUGUCCUUCACCGGGAAGCUGCCAGCCGCUUAGUGCGGCUCUACUAUGAAGUCAUUCCUCAAAUUGCCUUGAUCGCGAAGUUUGACGUGUCCCCUUCUCUUGUGGUCGCGAUCGAGCGGCUGGACAAGAGGGAACUCGGCGACACUCGAGACCAAAAUUUGAGCCUCAUUGAACUGGAGCAUCUCCUCGUGAUCGCCCGCUGCUCGCCCGGCAUGCGCUGGUUCGCGAACCUGGGUGGCCUCGCGCUCUCUCCCUUCACGACCUUACUACGGCUCACUGUCGACACUUGGCAAGGGCUCUCUUCGGAUAAGAUAUUGGAUGUCCUCAACUUUAUAGCGAGAGAGCAGCAGCUCGUCGUCUCCUCACCCGGGCAGUCCGGCUUGGCCCCGAUAAUCCAGAGCUUCCGCCUCCUCAAGGAUGCGAGCAAGACCGAGUCUAUCGCCGAGAUUUGGGCGUUCUUGGACCAGUGCAUGAGUCGAUGUGCGACGAGACCGAUCAAAUACCUCGAUAUGACGGGAAGUCUCUUAGAGGAAGAGAUCCAAACCGAUGGCGCAUCCAUGCAAGGCUCCGUUAUUAGCCCCCUGACAAUGGCGAUUUUGGAGCAGCUACCUUCGACUGUGGGAACAGGGGAUAACAAGGCGCUUCCAACUCUCGCCGAGUUUCUUUCCCAUUUUGUGGGAUUCUCGAAGCUUGCUGGAGGAGACGCCGCUCUACUGGACUGCAUCUUCCGAAGACUUCGAGUUUGCUUCCCCGAAAGCCUGCAAGCAGGGAUGCAGGUGGCAGUUCCCGAUGCCCCCGGUCCGGCACCCACCUCUGGGCCAAUGGAUAGCGACACGCCCAUGCUCGACAGCACUCCGAGGACGUUAAACUCGACGGACGAAGAGGGUUCCAGCACCGAUGCCAAGUCGAUAGAUGAACUGUUUGCGAGCCCAGUGGGCCUGGAGCUGGACAACUCGGCUCUGACACGGUGGUCAACGAAGACAGUUGACGAGCUGAUCGACGAGGGUUACGCGGCGAGACUGAUUUCGUUGCUUGCGUCCGAGCACACGAGCAUCCGCAAGGAGGCCCUCACCAACAUCUUAAAGAUGGCGGUGAGGAUACGGGAAUCUGACUAUGACGAGAAAGACCAGUGCUGGUUACUCUUGGCAGAGCUCGCAGAAUCAGCCAAGAGGCAGGUCGACAGCACGCCGAUCCCAACCCCGAUUGUUGCGUUCGCCUGCCACGCACUAGGGGUGUUGAGAGAUCCGCUCCAUGACCUCUAUCCCAAGGUCAAUACUUUCCUCAACCGCGGCCCGAUCUGGAACCUGGACAGGCUGCCCCUCGUGUACGAGAUCGUCCAGGAGGAGCCAUCGGUUGAUGGGUCAUAUUACUUGGGCAUCAGCUGGCUUGUCGCCUAUCUUCUCGAUAGCCUGCGCACCCCCGCAGACCUCGCCCUUUUCCAUAAGAAGCGCAUGUUUGAGCGCCUCCUGUCGCUGGCGAGCAACCCGUACAUGAGGGCGCCUCUCAAGACGCAGUUUCUGAGGAUCCUGUAUCAGACGACAUGCAUAGAAGGAGGGAGCACCACGCUGACGACGAGGUUUGGCAUUAUUGGCUGGCUCGAAAGCCAGAAGGCAUCGAGCAGCGGCGAGGAUGCGUGGAUAUAUGAAGCACUGAUCAAAAGGGUCUGGAAGACGGCGGAUGAGGAAAGGAUUUUGUCAUGGAGUAAGGGAGGAAUUAGGGAUGUUGUGGAUGCUUGAGUAAAUCAGAUAAGACGAGAUGAAUGAUACCAGAUCAUACACACAAUGUCUGAUUGUCUUUUAGCUUUAUUGGAACUCUAUAACUUUGUUUACCAGCUAACUAAGGCAACUUACUAUGUGUAAAUACACAGAAUAUGAG